UGCAAUCUUUCAAGUUCCACUGCUUGUUCGUACGUUUUGUGUCGGCGAACAUCAGAGCCCUUGAGGUUGGAUCCUUCACUCGCCAGAUUUUCUACCCUGAAACUUCCUCCAGCACAGUUCUUUCAAGUCGUCGUCAACAUGUGGAACCCUUGGCGCGAGAAUUUGAAGGAUACGCCCAAGGAAGCAUUGAACUGGCGGCUAUGGUAUGGUGUUUUUGUCUUUGGGCUCAUGGGCGCUGCCCGAGGUAUAGAUGAAGGCCUCAUUGGCACUACCGCUGAGCUCGUCCCAUUUCAAAAAAAGUUUGGCUUGGAAGACCCGAGCAAAACCAAGCAGCAACAGGCUGAGUUGCUCUCCAACAUCACGUCUAUGGUCCAGAUGGGCUCGAUUCUGGGCUCUUUGGUCGCGUUCUUCCUCACCGACAAGAUCGGACGACUCUGGGCAACACGUCUUCUUUGCGCCUUCUGGAUCGUGGGCAUCUCCAUCUUCCUCGCGAGCUCGGCAACGGGAAGCAUUGGUAUGGUUUAUGCUGGCCGCUUUAUUGCUGGAAUUGGUAUUGGACAGACCACUGUCGUUGCCCCUACUUACCUGGCCGAGACUGCUCCUCGCGCUAUCCGAGGACUAUGUGUCUGCGCUUUCGCGGGUGCUGUAUACGUAGGCAUUAUGCUGGCCUACUUCGCAUCGUGGGGUUCCUCAAUUCACAUAUCCUCUGCCACUGACGCGCAAUGGCUUGUGCCUAACAGCAUGCAUCUCAUGUUCGCUGGCAUCAUCUUCACGCUCUCGUUCUUCAGUAAGGAGUCGCCCCGUUGGCUAGUGAGAGUGGGCCGCCACGAAGAGGCUCUCGAAGUCCUUUCCCAGCUCCGUAACCUGCCAGCCGAUCACGCGUACGUUACUUCGGAGAUUAUCGAUAUUAAUGAUCAGUUGAACCGCGAGCGUGAGGCUACCAUGGGCACUAGCUGGCUCGGUCCUGUUCGUGAACUCUUCACCAUCAAGGCAAACCUGUACCGGGUUCAGCUCAGCAUCAUGUCCCAACUGCUUUCUCAGUGGUCAGGCGCUUCAUCGAUCACAAUUUAUGCGCCGCAAUACUUCGCAAUGAUGGGUACUACGGGUCAAAAUGAGAAACUGUUUGCAACGGCGAUCUUCGGUUUGGUAAAAUUUAUAUCAUCGAUUACCUGCGCCUUCUUCCUGAUUGAUUUCAUUGGCCGCAAGCGCGCACUCUCUUCGGGAAUUACUAUUCAGUUCGUUUCCAUGCUCUACAUGGCCAUCUUCCUUUUCAUGGAUCAGUCCGUGAGCGACAAGAGCGCGCCGCAGUCUGCCAGCCAGAAACACGCCGCCAUGGGCGCCAUCGUCAUGAUCUACUUCAGCGGCUUCGGAUGGGCUCUUGGAUGGAACAGCUUGCAAUAUUUGAUCAAUUCGGAAAUCUAUCCCUUGCGGUUGAGGGCCAUUGGCGGUAGUUUGGCUAUGGGCUUCCACUUCGUGAACCAAUAUGGUAAUUCAAAGGCUGUACCCCUGAUGUUCCUAGGGAUGACCAACGGCGGCACCAUGCUCUUCUUUUCCAUCGUCACUGCCAUCGGUCUUGUUUGGGUGUGGUUCUUCCUCCCUGAAACCACUGGCAAGAGUCUCGAAGCCAUUGAUGAGAUCUUCGAGCUACCCUGGUACCUUAUUGGACGGAAGGGAGCAGAGCUUACUCGCGGUACGGGUGGUAUCUCGGAGGUCCUCGAUGUCGAAGGCGAGAAGUCGGCUACGAUGCAGAUUGAAAAGGAGAAUGUACGAGGAACGGCUGAGGAGACGGCUGAGAGGAGGGUGUGAGUUUGUGGAGUCUGGAAGUCGGAUGGUGGCUAUUUAUUAAGAUGAAGCGCAGCAGUACAGUGAAGAGUAUGGGUUUGCAAUUCCAUAAUAUUGGCUUUGCAAUAUAUAUACCUAGGUACACAUACGAAUAACGAU